CAGAUCCUGAACAGAACAGUCCACUCCUGACAUCAUGUGCUACUACGGCAACUACUAUGGUGGCCUGGGCUGUGGCUAUGGCUGUGGCUUAGGCUGUGGCUAUGGCUAUGGUGGCUAUGGUAGCUAUGGCUGCUAUGGUUACGGCUGUUGCCGCCCCCUGUGCUGUAGAAGAUACUGGUCCUAUGGCUUCUACUGAGGAAUUCUCACAGCUUCUUAGCCUAUUGGCUACCAACUUCUGUUGUCCUGGGAUUAUCUCCAGUGUUCUGCAGAUGGAGCAUUUUUAAAUAGCUUCAGUCUCCUACUACACACUACACUAGUUUAGAAAAUGAACUUUAAAAAACCAGUAUCAGUUAGAUUAUGUGGCAGAUAGUAGAAAAGUUUCUGUACUAUGUUCAUAAUGCUGGGUAGAAUGCAAUCAAAUUUAACUGUCAAGUUUUGCGUACAGAUAUGUAUUAUUGAAUAAACUUUCAU